AUUCAAUUCAUUGAUUUUUUUUAAUUAUUCUAAUAAAUAAAUAUAUUAAAUUUCCAAUUAAUCUGCUAUAUUUUUGAAUAUUCUAAUAUAACGUUUGUAAAUAAUUCGUCACCAUUCUUAAAUUAAAUUUGAAAAAAUAUGUUAUCCUUUGUGUUUUUAAAUAUAAUUUGAUUUCACUGUUAUUAUUUUAAUGCAAUGUUUGGACUACAGAAUUUGGUAAUAAAAAAUACUAAGUAGCAACAAACAAUAACUAGUGUGUUAGUUGGUGCGAUAUCUGCAUGGAGAUUAUAGAAUGGCUCAAAGUCAACAAAAUGCGACGCCAGUAACUCCACGCGAUACCAAAGAUGGAAAUAUCAUUUCGGAGAUAAUAAAGAAAACAUUGGAUGUUAAUCGAUAUGCUACAAAGAAAACUAUUGCUCAAGGUUUCCUGAAUGUUGCAUUAUUAACUGCAAACGCCGCACAGUUAAAAUAUGUGUUAACCGUUGGAGAAAGUCAUCCUUUUUAUAUCUUACUAAUAGUUCUCAUUUCAUUGAGCAUACUACUUCAGGUGAUUCAGGCCUGCUUUUCAGUAAUUUUGGCAAGUAAAUUGGAUAUAAAUAAAGAACAUCAACAAGAAAACGCAAACAAGACCAACAAUGUAGUACUCUGUUUAAAUAUCGUCAUAAUGGCGAUAAAUAUAUUAAUAAACGUUUUUGAAAUGAAGGAUGAUGAUUGACAAAAAGGAACAUGGUGGCCUUGUGAUACAUAAAAUGCAUGUACUCGUUUUGAAAUAUUCACUUCGCAAUAGUCACAUAUUAUUCAAACCACUCACUAUUCAUUUUAUAUUUUUAAUAAUUAUAUGUAAAGUUUGGUAUUAUUAAACGACUAUUGAAGCAUAUCAAUUUUCAUAAUGGCAAAAAAAUAUUAAGAACAAAUGAAAUCUCAACACUUCUACUAAAAAUACACAAUCCUAUAUUUGCUGCAUUUUCACUGGAAAAUUCGUAUAUAAUAUGAAAUAAAUUUUAAACAAUAAAUUAUAAUGUUAUUUUAGAAUUAUAGUGCUUGAUAAAUAACCUUUGGGUUAAGCUUGUAAUUUUGACAUUUGAAAUCUCAAAUGCAGCCACAGAACAAAAUCUAAAUAUUGCAAACUGUAAAUGUUAGGGAAAAUUAGAUUCUAAUUUUGGCAGCCGUGUUUUAUUGAUCUUCAGAAUGACAGAUUUAAGUUUUUCGUUCGCAAUUUAUAAUUAUUUUAUUAAAAUCAUUACUUUUUUUCGGGAGUAAUAUCGAAAAGAUAAACCCCCCUAUUUUGCAGAAAUUUGUAUCAAAGUUUGUUCUCAAUUGAGAAUAUAAUCAUUAAAAUCCUUUUUAUCAACAAAACUUCGAGAUUGCUCUACAGCCCAUUUCAAAGAUAUAACACUUUUAGUUAAAUAUCUCUGAAAUUAUUGAGUUUAGAAGAAAGUUUAAUCUCUAAUUAGGCAUCAAGGAGUUCAUUUUUUCAAAUCUUAAUUCUUUUCUCAAAUUGGUUACAUUCAAAGCAAAGAAUAUAAUCUUUGGUUAUAUUGGUGGAAAAAAAUAAUUGUGAAAGUCAGUAGACUUUAGAUAAUCUGAAGGUACCUAGUGACUUUUUUAGUUCCUAUUCAUUUUUUGAAAUAUUAACAUACUAUAUCCAAAAAUUAACUCUUCAUUUCAGAACCUUCCGACUAACUUUUAUGAGAGGUUUUUGAUGAUGGAUUAAUAUUAUAUGAUGAACAUAUAAUGUUGAAAAAUAUAUACUAAAUAUUUUGUAUAUUCAUCAAAUGAUUUCAUUAAAAUUGCAAGUCCUGUGUUACUGGGGAUAUUGUGAAUUUCAAAUAAAUAAAACAAAAACGUAGUUUUUCAAUUUAUUUUUUGAAAA